ACUUUCAUAAUCCAAGGGCUAGUACACUCACACGCUACACACCCCCUUCAUAUAUAAAUCUUUCAGAAAUUCAGCUUCAUCCACCGAGCGCCUCAAUCUAUUUCCAGUAUCUAGGGUUUACUUCUCAUCACACAUCCGAACGGCGCAAAAUGGUUCUUCAAAAUGAUAUUGAUCUGUUGAAUCCACCUGCUGAGCUUGAGAAGAGGAAGCAUAAGCUUAAGCGACUUGUUCAAUCUCCUAAUUCAUUCUUCAUGGAUGUCAAAUGUCAAGGUUGCUUCAAUAUAACAACUGUAUUCAGUCACUCCCAAACUGUCGUAGUUUGUGGCAACUGUCAAACGGUGUUGUGCCAACCUACCGGUGGCAAAGCAAGAUUAACGGAAGGAUGCUCUUUCAGGAAGAAGGGAGAUUAGUGAUGGAGCUAUUUUGCUUUUUGAGAUUUGUUUUAGUGAAAUUUUGGGUUAUUUGGUUUGAUAAUGUCUCUAUAUUUUGAAUUUUAAACCUUUGUUGGAACCGGGUUGUCUUGUGGUCUAUGGAUUUGUUGUUCUGUUGAAAGAAUUUGAGUAAAUGGUACCUUAUAUAGUUGGUUGACAUUAUCUCAUUUGAUUUAGUUUAUAUCUGGUAAUUUAUUUGAUGUUAUUGAAUGCAUUUUUUA